CCGGCGGGAGCUCCGCCCAGAGCGGAAGUGUGAAUGGUUGCUAUGGCGAGGCGCUGUGGGGACCCGCCCCUCCUGGGAAGAGAGCCGGAGAGCGGCCAGGCUCUUGCCGACGGCGGCGGGACUCCUGAAGAUCCACCCUCCCCGUGCUUGACGGAGGAUAGCAGAAAGCUCAGCCCAGCUUCCAAGUGUCACUGUGACUGACUGCAGGGAGGGAGGAGUUGCCAGCUAGUCCAGCGAGGCUGCCAGGAUGCAAGCCGAAGCUGAAGUUUAGAGAUCCAGCUCCUGUGCAGCUCUCCUUUGUGUCCACCUCGGGGAGGGGAAGUGCAAAAGACUGCUUCCUCUUGGAGGGCUUUCAAGCAGCUCCAAGGGAAGCAGUUAACUUGCAGAGCACCAGGGGAUGUGGAGUGAGGGACUCUCCCUCUGACAAUGAGGAUCCAUGUUCUCAAAGUUCACCGAGCACCUGGAAGAAUGUAAGUGGCAAAGACCAAAGACCGGAGACCACAUGGAAGAAACGAAUACAGAAGGGAUUUCUCCCUGCAACCGCUGUGACAGGAUUGUACAGUGCUGUGGAUACGGUGACACAGAGUGGCAUGAGGAUCUGCCUUUUCCUCCCAUUUCUUUUGCUUGAUAUUUGAUCUCGGUCCUUCAGGGCUGCUGGUUUCUGGUGGUAAUGGGCACUAAAUAUUCACUGGUGUUUAUCUCUUCCGUUGGGCAGCUUUGAACUAUCUCUUUGGGGAGGACACAGCAGCCAUAGACAGCUUUCUGGAACAACCUGUUGGUUCCCGGUACUGGGAGGAGCCCAGUUUAGAGAUUGCUGCUUGGAAAGAGGACAGCUGCAACUAAGUCAUCAGUAAAUUAUCCCCUUGCUUGCCCCCAGGGCCCAGGCUUCAUGAACACGGGAGGCAAAUGGGAGGACAUUUAUCCAGGUAAUUAGCCUCCGAGCAUGGACUUGGUGACAGACAAAAUAACUUCAUAAUAAUUCCCACCGUGAGUGUGCCUGAAAAGCCGUCCAGCCUUCCUCUGUACUAUGCAUUGCUGGGGUGUAAAGGCUCAGGUGGGGUGGCAUCCCACUGAUUUAAUACAGGACUGAACAGUAGUGCUGCUCUGGGGGAGACACAGAUUUCCCGACUUAACCUCCCCAGACUUCUGUCUGCUCCCAAAGAGCAGUGUGGACACAGAGCUGAUUGGCUAACUCAGACCUUUAAGGUGGCUAUCUGGAUGGCUAUACCUCCGGGGCUCUUAAUUUAUUUGUCUACCUUUACCUCUGAAACCACGCAGGCAGAGCCGAGAGAGCAUUGUACGGGUGUCUUUGGGCCUCCUAUGAAACCGUGUUUUGGUGGAAAGAGGCUGCAAAGGUUCUAAGCCCAACGAACAGCGAUUCUGUUGCUGCUGCUCUUCGUCCCUGCGUGGCCAUUUGCUGGGCUAAGGGCGUAGGAGCGGGAGCCUCUCUCACCAACGGUACAGUGCACUUUACUUAUUAGCUGGUUUGCAUGGUGGGAGUUUUUCUGGAAAAAUUGCUGACUCCCAAUUCAUGGGAAAGACCCCCAGUGUUUGAGGCCUGGGAAGACCAUCAAACCACUCGGGGAGAAACCCAGAGAGAGGGGUGGUUAUGGAGCAGAACCCUCUAUCUCCAGAAGGGGUGGCAGAGCCCCAGAAAGCAGCCAGGAUGCAGGUAUAAGACAAGUUUGCACUAUUCAUGUUCUCUGAGGCUGUGGCCUGGUGACAGACCGUUUGAGGUGGUGCAGGUGAUGCCCUCUGGAGGCAGGGAUCCUCACGCCUCUCUUCUAUACACGCCAGGGCUUUCUUCCCAGCGCUUUGCGGCUCCUGUGUCUGGAACCGAGACGUCGAAGAAGAGCAGUCUGUAUUCCCUUCCCUGCAGCAGCCAUGGCGGAGCACUUGGAACUGCUGGCGGAGAUGCCAGCAGUGGCCAGGAUGAGCACCCAGGAGCGGCUGAAGCAUGCACAGAAGCGCCGGACGCAGCAGCUGAAGAAAUGGGCACAGUUUGAAAAGGAGACCCAGAGCAAGAAGACCAGAGCAGAAAAGAGGAGGAAGAACAGCAGCAAGGAGAAGCGAGUGCUGUUUCCGGAGAGCAUCAAGCUGCUGGAGGCAGCAUCUCGCAAUGAUGUGGAGGAAGUUCGCCAGUUCCUUCAGAGUGGCAUCAACCCCAGUUUAUACAAUGAAGAUGGCCUCACUGCAUUGCAUCAGUGCUGCAUCGACGACUUCGGGGAUGUGGUUGCGCUGCUGCUGGAGGCCGGUGCCGAAGUCAAUGCGUGUGACAGUGAGCUCUGGACGCCGCUGCACGCUGCUGCCACCUGCGGACAUCUGCACCUGGUGGAGCUGCUGAUUAAACACGGUGCCAAUCUCCUGGCCGUGAACACAGACGGGAACAUGCCGUACGACCUCUGUGAGGACGUUGUGACACUGGACUACAUUGAAACGGCCAUGGCAGAUCAGGGAAUAACUCAGGAAUCGAUUGAGGAGGCCCGAGCCGCCACAGAACACAGCAUGGUGGAAGAUAUCCGAAAGCUGCUUCAGGCAGGUGCCGAUCUGAACACUCCACUUGACCAUAGUGCCACUCUGCUGCACAUUGCCUCGGCAAAUGGCUACCUGGAAGCUGCCGAGCUGCUGCUGGAACACAAGGCCAGCAUGAGUGCGAAGGACAGUGAUGGGUGGGAGCCCCUCCAUGCUGCCGCCUGCUGGGGGCAGAUCCAUCUGGUGGAGCUGCUGGUGGCCCAUGGAGCUGAUCUCAAUGGGAAGUCUGUGCUGGACGAGACGCCCUUGGACGUGUGCGGCGAUGAGGAGGUCCGGGCCAAGCUGCUGGAGCUGAAGCACAAGCAUGAUGCCAUCAUGAAGUCUCAUGACAAGCACAAGUCGCUGCUGCAGCGACGCACCUCCAGCGCUGGCAGCCGAGGGAAAGUGGUGCGACGGGUCAGUGUGACGGAGCGCACCAACCUGUAUCGCAAGGAGCACGAGAAAGAGGCCAUCGUCUGGCAGCAGGUGGAGCACCGGGAGAACGAGGCUGAGCUUGAGGACGAGGACAAGCAAACGGACGCUGAGCUCCAGCAGCACCUCUCCGGCGCUGAGGCAGAAGUGGCAGGUCCAGGGGUCUUGGUGGGAGACGAGCAUCAGAAUCUGGGGCUGAGCCAGAGAAAUGGAACCGCGGGCUCUUCUGCCCCUGGCCCCCCCAAACACCUCUACUCCAAGAGGCUGGACCGCAGCAUCUCCUACCAGCUGGCCACCCAAGAGGAGCUAUCAGCCGACCUGUGCAAGGAGAAGUCCCACCACACGCUAGCGGACCUCAAACGCCAGCGGGCAGCCGCCAAGCUCCUGCGACACCACCCAGAGGACUAUCCUCCCACCGAGGGCGAGGGCCCCCUCGCGCCUGGCCUCGCUGAGACCCUGCGCAGCAGCGGCCACCCCCGCCCGGACAUGGAGCAAAACUCCAUCUACUACUCAGCAGCCAGUGGCGACCCACCUCUUCUGAAGCUGACAGCCCCAGCCGAGGAGACCCCCGAUGAGAAGAACCGAUGCUGUAAGCUGAUGUGAGGCGCUGGCAAGAGAAGGUGUUGGUGGGACGUGUCCCCUCCCUGGCAUUGACGGAUGGCGCUAAUGCCCCAGGGGGCUGCCUCUGGAACACUGCAGCAGGGCCGGUUCUGGGAGCUGGUUUAUCUUCCAGGGACUCAUCCAUGUUCCAGACCCAGACACCGAUCAGUGGCCGGGCUCCAAGUGCCCCAUCAAGGGCAGCGUGGGCAGCAGACUGGGAGCCAGAGGGCUGCCCAAAUGGGAGCAGAAUGCAAUGACCUUUGUUGUCAGUACAGAGAUGUGUCCUGGACUGUCUACGGCUCCCUACAUGCAAUUUGCCAGUCCCUGCUUGGGUCAGCCCAUAGCGCGUUGCAUGCUGGGACCUGCAGUUGCAGAGGGCUGCAUCUCUGUUGGAUGUGGCGGCGUUGAAUGUUGUGUAAAAUGCUGGGCCACUUUUGGUCAGCUGGAGGGUCCCCCCCAGGGUGGCUGUGUGGCUGUCUGUCGGGGUUUGCGUGUGGUUCCCAGGAAGGAGUGGAAAGCCUAUGGGAGCCCUCAGAGCACGGCUUAUACCACACAUACAGCACUGGGGGGGGGGCGAGGGGAUGUCCCCAUGCUUACCUGACACUAAGGCAAAUGGCUGCAAUGGGGUGAGACCAUUUCUCUUUACCCAGAGUUUGUAGCCCAGCAGUCCCAUCCUAGGUAUGGGCUGCACACGAGCUGUCCUGGUUUAACGAAUGUGCAUUUCAAACAGGAUGGAAAGUCGCGCAGGUCCCCAUGCGUGCCCCUUUGUGCUGGCUUACACCUGGCUUAGAUCACGCUCGCUGGCUUGGAUUCACUAAAGGAAGCGCUGGACUGCAUUCGGCCGUGCGCUGGAGCAAGGCCGUCGGCUGUAAUUCCCAGCUUUUCUUCCAGCAGCGUUAACCUGAACUCUGAAUUCAGCGUGGCCCUACGCAGCCUUGCACUGAAACAGUCACAGGUGCUGAUGGACGCUGAGUUCACCACGUCAGUGCAAGUCCGAGUGUGGGGUCCGCCCCAAACAACUUGAAUAGAAGCUCGUUGUAAACCAGUAUGUGUUCACAUUGCACAGUGGGUUUGUGUGGGUUUAACUACAUUAAUCUGAACCCCUGUGUCCCCUGUGGUACACCACACCAUGGUGCCGUGUGCCCUCCCCUCCCCCCAGAGGACACCUGGAGUGGGGCUGUGUGCCCAGCCCCUUGUGAGCUCCUGCCCUCAGCAGUAAAAUCACUGGAGCAAAGCACCUCACCCCAGGCCAAGCACAGCCUGUUGUGCUGGCCGCUCUCCCCAUGAAACACAGCCUGCGAGUGGGACGUGGGAGCUGGUUUCUGGCCCCAUAGUCCUUUGGGGCCUUGGCCAAGCCAUGGUGCUUCCCAGGGCUCAGCGUCUGCAUCUGCCAGAGCAGGAGCUGUGGAGGCUGAUGAAUCUGUAAUGGUCUCUAGCUGCCCCGUGCCUGGGCCCUCGGAGCAGUGCUCGAAAUGGGAGCAGGCUUGGACCUCACCCCCCGCUCCCCGUUGCUUACACGGGGAUUGAACAGGGCAUGCUGAUGGCACCCUUCUCUUCUCCCAUUCUCUGCAGAAACGCUGGCUCCCCGUGUGUCCCCUCCCUGCGCAGGUGAGACGUUAUUUUUGUCCUCCUGCUGCAUGAGGCUCCCAGGAGCCUUGUGUUGAACCCCGCACCCCCACCCGAGGGCAGCACUGGUAGUGUCUCAGGCAUCUGAUGGCUACCCCAGCUUCACACCCAUUGAGGGGUGCCCUCGGGCCAGGGCCCAGUGUGCCAACUCCCAGGUGAGCUCAGCAAAGCCCCUUUGGCCUGCUGUGGAGGGUGGUCUGCUGGAACCUGGAGGCCUGCCCCUCUCUAUUAAUGACUGGGGGGGCUAUGGCAGACUUCUGUUGACACAGGGCCUCAGGCUCUGCCUUCUCGGCCUGCCAUGCUGUUGCUCCGGCGCCGGGCUCUACGAUUAGAACUUCAGGAGGUGGGUGGAGUGGCAAUGGAAGAGUUUCAGCUAGAAAUGUUCUUGCCUUUCAGCCGCAAUCAGGAGCAUGCCGCUCUCUGGGAUCCAGCCGGCUGCGGGGUGGCGUCCCUCUGGGGGGUGGCUCUCGUGGUUUGCAGUAGCUUAUCCCCUAGAUGGGAUUGUCCUCUGCUUGCUUAUUCCUCUCUGCCCCAUUGCAUCCAGCCAUGGCUAUUCAAACCCACAUGCUUGGCCUCUCGUCCCUCCGUUCUUCACCACCCCUCACAGCCUGCGAAGCGUCAGCCAGCCCCAUCUCACCAGCUGAAGAUCAGCCCUAGCAAGGGCCUAGCUGGAUGUAAUGCUGCCCACUGGCUGGGGGAAAGCAGGAACCCCACCUGUGAAUCCUCUGGGGAAUCCCCUUCAGCUCUGACCCUCCAUCUUGGAGAGAGCAUCUCUAGGCUGAACUUGUAUUGACCACGGGGCCAGUGAAAUCUUUCCUCCCACAGUGGUUCUGCUCCAAGAGCCUCCUGCCUGCCCCUGGGAGAAUACAACUGCAGUGAGCUCUGGGCCUCUGCUAGGCUCUGGGGCUUGUGCUUGCCAGCGAUGGCGGCUGGCGUAAAAUCCCCUGCCGGGACUGGACUCUGCACGGUGCGUUUGUGCAGCGGCACCACACUCGUUUUGUACGGAGCACUCUCCGUUGAUCACAAAGUCCAUUUCCAAGAAGUCCUGUAGCCUUGCUUCCAGCCCAGUCGAGCCGCAGGCCGGCGGGUUCAGAGGUGCUGAUUUUAUACUUUAUUUGGCACAAUCUUUCUUGAUCUCACCAGGUUUUGAUUUGUAGCUCCUCUUGUCUCUUUAUUUCCUUUCCACAAUAAACCAGCACUGGAGCAGUGAGCAGCCCUUGUGCUUGGGCCCGAACGUUCUCCUCACCCCACCAGGACUAACUGCCUCCACCCCCUGAAAGAAAUGUUAGGCAGAGCUGGGCUGCCCCUCCCUGGACACAGGCAAUGCAAGGAUCCACUGCUGUGUGUUCUGCCACCCCAGGUCAAAGUGUGUGUCUGCACAGGGGAUGGGCCUCCAGGACCCACACCCCUGAGCAAUUGGGCUGCAAAGCGGGGCUCACCCUACUGGUGCUAUCACUGGCACCCGUUAACCCUUAGCACCCCAGCACCCUUCCGGAAUAGCCUGAAAACGCCCCAGUCCUGCUCCUGUCUCUGCCUGAGAGGCAGGGAGGCCUGGGUUCCAGCUGUUCCCAUUCCCUGCGUCGGGUGGGGGGGGCAGAGUGUUCUGCUAACAAGAUGGUCUCACGGGAAUGGUCGUCAGGAGGGAAGAAGGGUCUAGUAGUCACAGCAGGACAUGGAGCCAGGACCCCGGGUUCUUCUUUGCGCGUUCUCUGUGUUUUCCCACUCAGGGAGAGGUAGAUCUCGAGCUAGCAGACACGCCUCACUUGGCCUUUAUUCAGUGACUGUCACCCAUGCCAGGGUGAGGGUUUCAAGGAGGGUCGCACACCAGCUGCCUCCAUUCCCUCGAACCAUGUGUUGAGUGGAGGUCAGGGAUCUUUCGGCUCCGUGGUUAGGUGGCAGAGCAAUCAGCUUGGCUACGAAGUCAAACGCAGGUGGUUCAGGUGGUGAUUUACAAUCCAAUGGCGUCCUGCUCUCAGAACAAGCAAGGGGGGACUCGUUCCCUACAGUUACACCUGUAGCAAAGAGCCUUUGGAGCUGGUGUAUUGGUUACAAGGUUCAUCCAGUAGCAAUCCAUGUAGCAGGGAGAAAACUGUCUGAGUUGGUCAGUAUGGCAGAUGCACAAGUGAUCUUUGAAGGACGAAAGAGUAAAACACCUCUUCAGUUUAGGGGGCCCUCUGACAACGCCCCGUGUGGCCAGCAGCAACAGAGUGUCAGAAAUUUUGCUUGAGAGCAGGCAGAGCAAGGGAAUCGAUAUCCAAUGUCUUUCGAAUGCAGUGCCGUUCGGGCUUCCCCCAUUUCCCCUCAUUCAGAAAGUGAUAAACAAGAGAAGCCAGGCCAAGGCCAUGGUAAUUUUAAUAGCACCAGCAUGGCCCAGCUAAUGGUAUCUGCCCUUAACUCACUUGUCCAGAGGGCUAAUGGAGCCUCUGCCACUGGCCAUGGACUUGUGGCAACCACAGGGGAUGGUUUCUUACUCAGAUCUACACUCUCAAUUUAAUUACACUGGGAAUGUUUUAAAAAAAAAAAAAAAGUGGUUCAUCUGAGGUGCAAAAUGUGCUGUUGCAUUAUAGGAAAGUGUCCAUAUGGAAGUGUCAUUGUCACAAAUGGAAAAGAUUUUUAUUGUGGGUUCCCAGGUAUGGUAUAGAGCCAUGUGCCACACCACUUAGUUCCAUUUUACAAUGUUUAUUGAACCAAAAAGAAACAGAUCUUUCACUAUCUUCAGGAAAGGGUCCUCUCUCAGCCAUAUCAGCGUAUCAGGUACCAGGGAGUGUGUGUGUGUGUGCGCGCGUGUGUGUGUGCUCGCGCAAAUUAAUUUUAUUAAUGACAGAGUUAAAAGGUUCUUAAAGAGUCUAAAUAAUUUGUACCCUCCAUUAAAACUCACUAUGCCAGCUUGGGA